AUGGGUCGACAACUAGCUCUCAGUUGGCUGGCAACAUGUCUGUCUUUGGCGACAGCAACCAAUCUCUACGCUACCCACUAUGACGGGUCCGUCUACAGCCUCUCCCUUCAGGACAGCGACGGCACCUACUCCCUGUCCAUCGCCUCCUCGCUCAAGACUUGUGGCUCGAUGCCCAGCUGGCUUACCUUCGACUCGGCCUCGCGCAUUCUUUACUGCUCCGAUGAGUCUGGCGAUGCGUCCACCAAUGGAUCUCUGACCACUCUGGCGGCCGACCAGGACGGCACCCUCACGGAGAUAGCCACUGCUGCGGCACCGGGGGGCGGGGUAAACAGUAUCUUCUAUAGCGGUGAUGACGGCACUCAAUAUCUAGCCAUCGCUCACUAUGGUGGUUCUGCGAUGUCCACUUUCCGCCUUCCUUUGAAUGAUGGAGAUGAAAAUCUCCAGGUUUUCCGCUACACCCUCUCAGAAACCAAACAGAACCCGCAGCAGAAUGCGCCUCAUCCUCAUCAAGUCCUCCUAGACCCGACUGGAUCAUUCAUACUCGUGCCGGACUUGGGAGCGGAUCUCGUCCGCGUCUAUGCCAUCGACAAGUCUACUGGUGAGUUGGACGGGGCCUGCCCUGAUCUGACUUAUCCGGAGGGCAGCGGACCGAGACACGGCCUCUUCUGGCAGACGGAGCACUCUACACUCACCAGACAACUAAAGACUCGGCAGCAAGACAGUCAGAUCUUGUAUAUUGUCGAUGAGCUGGACGGACACUUUAAAGGAUUCACGGUCUCCUACACGUCCGAUGGCUGUCUCAGCUUUGACGAGUUUCAGUCGUUCGAGCCAUACACCGACGGCCAGCUACCGGACGGGGCUACACCAUCGGAAAUCCGUCAAGCGGGCAACUCGUUGUAUGUGUCGAUCCGGAGCGAUCAAGGCUUCGCCCCCAACGACUCAAUGGCAAAUUUGGACCAUUCCUCGAAUAACACGGUCACCUUGAACGAGCUCACCUCAUCUUACGGCAAGGUGCCCCGGACGUUUGUGAUCAACAAGGCGGGAGAUUUGGUUGCGAUUGGCGAUCAAUCGUCGUCGAAUGUUGCGAUUGUAACGCGGGACCCGCAGACUGGAAAGCUGGGGGAUGAGGUGGCGAAUGUGCAGAUCGGCGAACCGGGGGUGGUUGGAACAUCAACGGGGUUGAGCAGUGUGGUAUGGGAUGAGUAG